CAGAAAAAUGCUCAUCUUCCUCUAUAAAAAGCUGCAUGAACUGCAAACCCAUUGUCUUACCAUUGAACUCAAACCCGAGGCAAUUACGCCAUUACUCUCUCUCUCUCCGGCUAAAAUGGCUUCUCCGACUCCGGCUCCGGCUUUAAAUGGCGAAGAGCGAUUGAUUCAAAAGAAGUACUGGAUUGAACAUUCAGCCGGACUGACGGUAGAGGCUAUGCUGCUCGAUUCGAACGCCUCUGAUCUCGACAAAGAAGAAAGGCCUGAAGUGCUUUCUCUGCUUCCGCCGUACGAAGGAAAAUCGGUGCUGGAACUUGGAGCCGGCAUUGGACGUUUCACCGGCGAUCUGGCGGAGAAAGCCGGCCAGGUUCUGGCAUUGGAUUUCAUCGAGAGUGUGAUCAAGAAGAAUGAAAGCAAUAAUCGGCACCACAAAAACGUAAAGUUCAUGUGCGCUGAUGUAACUUCACCGGAGCUUAAUAUUUCAGAGAAUUCGGUGGAUUUAAUCUUCUCGAAUUGGCUGCUCAUGUAUUUGUCUGAUAUAGAGGUGAAGAAUCUGGCAGAAAGGAUGGUGAAAUGGCUGAGAGUUGGGGGCCAUAUUUUCUUCAGGGAAUCUUGUUUCCAUCAAUCUGGGGACUGUAAACGUAAAUACAACCCCACCCAUUAUCGAGAGCCACGUUUCUAUACAAAGGUGUUCAAGGAAUGCCAUAUGGAGGAUGAAGGUGGAGAUAGCUAUGAGCUAUCCCUGGUUGGCUACAAAUGCAUCGGAGCUUAUGCCAGAAAUAAGAAGAAUCAGAAUCAGAUCUGCUGGAUAUGGCAGAAGAAUAAAAGUUCCAACGACGACAGAGGAUUUCAACGCUUCCUAGACACAGUUCAAUACAAAUGCAGCGGCAUUCUCCGCUACGAGCGUGUCUUUGGGCCAGGCUUCGUCAGCACCGGCGGACUCGAGACAACGAAAGAAUUUGUAGCGAAACUGGAUCUAAAAGCAGGACAACGAGUUCUGGAUGUGGGUUGUGGAAUUGGGGGAGGGGACUUUUACAUGGCAGAGAAUUUUGACGUGGAGGUUGUCGGAAUAGACCUCUCUAUUAAUAUGAUCUCCCUAGCUUUAGAACGUGCUAUUGGACUCAAAUGCGCAGUAGAAUUUGAAGUGGCCGAUUGUACAAAGAAAGUGUAUGCAGAUAACACAUUUGAUGUCAUUUACAGUCGAGACACCAUUUUACAUAUUCAAGACAAACCUGCGUUGUUUAGGUCGUUUUACAAAUGGCUAAAGUCAGGGGGAAAGGUUCUGAUAAGUGAUUACUGUAAAAGUAGUGGAACUCCUUCCCUUGAAUUUGCAGAGUAUAUCAAGCAGAGAGGAUAUGAUUUGCACGACAUCAAAUCCUACGCUCAGAUGCUUGAAGAAGCUGGUUUCAACAACGUGGUAGCCGAGGACCGAACCGAUCAGUUCAUGAGUGUUCUUCAAAGGGAACUCAACGCUGUUGAAAAGGAAAAGGAAGCAUUCAUCCAUGACUUUUCUGAAGAAGAUUACAAUGAUAUUGUUGGAGGUUGGAAGGCAAAGUUGAAUAGGUGUUGGUGUGGAGAGCAAAAAUGGGGAUUGUUCAUUGCCCACAAAACAAAAUGAUCAACACACCGACUUCCUUUAUUAAUGUAAUUAAUUACUUUGUUAUUCAGCUACUACUGCAUCUAUUGUUUUUCUUUUGUUUUUAGUUCAACCAUUAGGCUUAAAAAUGAUAAUAAUUGUGUUAUCUCACUA